CUAUACAUUAAGUAAACAUCAGUAUUUGUUGAAUAUGGGUUGGUGUAUGAUUCAGGCCUUGUGUGUUUUAUUAGGGAUAUAAUAGUACAUUGGUUCAGCGUUUAAACCCAAUAAACAGAUACAAUGAACCUUAUAAGUAGUCAAAUUAGUACCGAUAUUAUUAAUAACGCAUUUGGAGUGUAAACAGAAAUGCUAUCGUGUCCUGUUCAGACCAACAUUGCUAAAGCUUCUCCAACGUUUACAGCAGAUCUUGUUUAUUUUCUGUAAAAAAGGAAUGACGUGUUUCAAAUAUAUAAUAUAAUAUGUUUCACAUAUAAUAAAUAAAAUUAUAAGUAAAUAAAAGGCCCCACUACUAUCAACUGUUGCCACUGUUUGGCCCCUGUGGAAGGCCCUUAACCAACAAUUGUUUGCAUUGUAUUCUCUCACAAUUGUAAGGUGCUAAAAGGCCUUAAAUAGUAUUUAGAAGCUAUACCCUAUAAUCACUUAUAUCUUGUUCUAUGUUAUUUCCUUGCUAUUUAAUAACACACCACCACCAUGUCAGUGUCACUGCAGUGCUGAGAAUGAUCCACCACCUAAAUAAUACCUGCUCUGUGGUGGCCAUGUAGUGUGUUUUGCUCUAAUUAAGUAAUAAUUUUGAAUUUUGAACUGAAUUCACAUCUUUAAACUAUAGUUUAGUUUUCACAUUUGUCUAUUUUUUUUGUAGAUGGAGGAAGUAAUGGAUAUAAACAUAAAUUCAGACCUUAAAUAUGAAGACCCAUAUAUUGAAGAAAUCUACUACACUGUUCUGUCUGAGCAUCAGAUGGAAAUGUACAAAGCCUCCAUAUACAGGCAUCAGCUAUUUCCACUUCUAGUCUCUCUGCUUGAGAAGUGCGAGCAGUCAACUCAGAGCUCAAAAUGUGUAUCGGCCGGGAGCUUUGACAUCGAUAUCGCAAACUUUGUCAAGAACUUCAAGACAGAGGACAAGGCUUUGCUGGGUGAAGACCCUGAGCUGGACCAUCUGAUGUUAAAGGCUAUCCAAGUGCUGCGGAUUCACCUGCUCGAGCUGGAGAAGGUUAGCGACCUGUGUGAGGACUUCUGCAACCGCUACAUCUCCUGUGUCAUCAAGAUAAACCAUGAAACUCUGCUGAGUGAUGAUUCAGACAAUUCCUUCUCUCCCCUACAGAACCAGACACUACAAUCACAUGGUGAUGAGGGCAGUUUUUCUACCUCUGACCUACAGCAGGGCAGCUUCACUAGAACGACGGCCAAUCAGCCACAGGUUGUUUCAGGUGCUCAAGAUUAUCAGUCAGUCACAGAAGUCCCAUCUAAUGGAUAUGAAGUGACUCUGGCCAUCUCCAACAGCGGAAUGCACGUUCAUCCCUCUCAGCAUUUGCAGCUGAAUGGGGUUUGCAGGAACGACAGCACAGACAGAAGCUCUAAAAGAAAGCGCGGCGUCUUUUCCAAGCAAGCCACCAAAGUCAUGCGUUCCUGGCUGUUCCAGCACAUCACGCACCCUUAUCCUACUGAAGACGAGAAGAAGCAGAUCGCGUCUCAAACCAAUCUAACUCUGCUACAGAUCAAUAACUGGUUCAUUAACGCACGGAGGCGGAUUCUUCCCAUGCUGAGCUACACGGAGACGAACAAAACCAAGAAGAAAACCCCACAGAUGCCACCGGAUCGCCCUCAACAGCGCCUCUGGGUCGACCCGGCUGCCUCGUCUGCGACCCAGGAACAGCUCGUCAUGGAGGAUGUCAGGAUGGGUGAAGACGGCUUCAACGCCCUCUCGUCGGAUGGCGCUACGCUCGCUGUGCAGCAGGUCAUGAUGGGUAAUCAGAGUGAGGAGGAAACCGACUACAGUGAAGACGACGUCACAGAGCUGGGCCUGAGUGCCCGGACCUGACACACACACACACACACACACACACAAUUAUACACACGUGAUAAACUAUGAUGAACUCAUACCAGUACUAGCGUCGGGUUUCAUGCCAUUGUGGACGUCCCUGCACUAGUGAGAGACGAUGCUGAAGGAGGACGUCAGAUAAACUUUGCUGCAUAAAAUCAUGCACCUUUAUUCACACACCCCAGUGUUUAACCUGAGACGUGCUUGUUUUGAUGUAUAGAAGUGGAGAGGAGUGCACUUUUUUGGUAUGAACUUGCUUUUUUUCCUAUAAUGUGUGAUUUUUGUCUCUCAUGUCUCUGCAUUUCUCACAAUCAGAUUUCGAAGAAGUCCAAGCGACAAUGAUGAACUAUUUUUAUAUAUAUUAAAAAAAUGAAGUGUUUUUAUCGUUGUUUUAUAUUGAAUAUUUAUGUAGAAACACUCAUGGUAGCAUUACGGUCUGGGUUUUAAUGCUUGCUAACAUUUACUAAUAAAAAAGGAUUUUGAAUGUUUUAUGUACAUGGUUUUAGGCUUUACAUUUUUACUUUUCUCAGUCUCGUUCCCGCAGUCGGUCAGUAUUCAGUACACUAGCAUUCAUCAUCUACAAUAGUUUGUCUAUAGGUUUGUGCUUUAUUGUGCAAUAAAGCUCCUUUAGAGCUUUUCUUCACUCAGAAUAAAUAAAAAACAAUGAGCAGAUCUUUCACCUAUUAAAACCUGGCACAUCACAAUGUAAAGUUUGGAUAUUUUGCUUAUAAUAUGGGAUCAAUUGGUGCCUUGAGUUUGCAAGUGAUUAUUAGUUAUUUUUUAAAAGAAGUGGCCUUUUUACCCAAUUGUGGAACAUAUUGCAACCGUAAAAGUUACCUAGGUUA